UGUGACCUUUCUGGUUAUCUAAAGCUAAAUUUCUGAACAGGUCAACUGAUUAACAACCUAAUGAGCCGGUGUAAAGGCGUAAAUCUGAAAUAAGAAUCACUGGCUGUGUCUUGUGACAGUAAUAAUAUCGGUCAGACAUAAUCUUGUUAUGUUUCCUCGGAGAAGGAAAAGAGAUGCAUUUGGCCAUUUUCUUUGUUUGGUUGCUUGCUUCAUUUCACAGUUUCGCACAAAAGACAGGGUAACGUCUCUUUCUAUUGUCUCGCCAAGCAGUGGGGAUUUUAAGACUUGUAGACUCUCUACCGAAGAAAAAGAAAAGUUCCUCGACGAACACAACAAAUUUCGCGGAUUGGUACAGCCAACUGCGGCCGACAUGGAGUUUUUGGUGUGGGACGACAAUCUGGCUAAUUUGGCACAGAUGUGGGCAGACAAGUGCAUAUGGGACCACGGGUUUGUGAAGUUCGGUACUCAAUAUCCAUACAGCGCGCCCUUCAAGGGACAAGUAGGUCAAAAUCUAGCUAGGGAGUAUGGUAAGCUUCUGAACCCAGUGGACCGCGUGGCGAGAUGGUACAAUGAAUACAAAUACUGGAAAUUUGGCAAGUACACAAGUCCAAUGGGUGCUUCUUGUUCAAAGCCACCUUGUGGACAUUACACACAGAUGGUGUGGGCUCAAGCGAAGCAUCUUGGAUGCGCAGUUAACCUCUGUUCGAACUUUUUUAACUACGGUCGCGCGGGUACAAUGGUGGCUUGUGACUAUACGACUGGCAACAAUGACAACGAAUACCCAUACAAGACCGGGACCCCAUGCACCAAAUGCGUAUCUGGUAAAGGAUGGUGCUACAAAAAUCUGUGUCGAAAUUGUACUGACUUCGACAAAGAUUGCGGGGGUACUACUUUGACGACAGCGAUGUGUUCUUCACACCCCGAAUUAAUGGAGAAGAAGUGUCCUAAACUUUGCAACAUGUGCAAGUGUCCUUUAAAAUGCCAAAACGGAGGGACAAUAAACCCACAGGACUGCGUUUGUUCUUGCGCUUCUGGCUGGAGGGGUAUGGACUGUUCAGACAAGGCAUGUGAGCCUGGCUAUUAUGGAGAAAAUUGUGAAAAUCGUUGUUACGACAAGGCUGGGACAGAAAAUUGCCAAUAUCGAGUGAAAAAGGGUCAUGAUUGUAAAAAAAGAUACAUGGAAAUAGAAUGUGCCUUGACCUGCGGAUACUGCGUCCCUGCAGGUGGUCAAGUCACCACAACAGCAGCUCCCGUGACAGCUAUGCCAACUACACCUCAAUCUGGAGCAGUAACCUCCAUACCUGUAGUUUCUUCCACUGUGACUCCAAAUGCAAUAGCGGUUCUACCCACACCCAAGCCUCAAGUGUGCACAACUGACCUAAAUUCUGGUUGCGAGAGAUGGGCAGCUGUUGGCGAGUGUGAAAAUAAUCCAUUGUGGAUGAUACCGAACUGUUGCGUGAGCUGCAAGCAUCAUCAGGCGUCAAAAGACUGCGCUGAUGCAAACCCAAGCUGCCCAAGGUGGGCUUACGCUGGAGAAUGUGAAAACAACAGAGUAUGGAUGCUUAAAAACUGUAGAAAAAGCUGCAAUCAAUGUGGAGAUUGCACAGAUUCUGACCCAAAAUGUCCAUCAUGGGCUUUGUCAAACCAAUGCAGCUUGGGUGAAAAGAUAAACGAAAAAUGUCGGAGAAGCUGUGGUUUAUGCAAAGUCUACGACAGACACAAAGAAUGUCCUGCCUGGUCUGCGAUGGACGAAUGUAAAAAUUCUAACUGGACCUGGAUGGUGGAUCACUGUCCUCGAAGCUGUGAUGUUCCUUUUUCAGAAGCCUCAUUUUGUGGUGGCAAAGAAAACGGUAAUUACCAGGCCCCCACUACGUGCCAAGCAUACAUAGCGUGUUCGAAUGGCGUCACAAGUCACGUGAAGUGUCCCGCAGGAAAGAAAUUUGACACAGCUAGAAGGAUAUGUGUAUUAGUAGAUCAAGCCGCUUGUACAGUGGUCUUUCCCAGUAAAAAGUCGAAGCCCUUUCUGAUAAUGACACUGUAAAGAGCAGUUCGUGGUUACACGUUAAGAAAAAACCUGCACCUGACUAAAUAUACGCGUUGAAUAGCGAGAGAAUUGAUAAUGUGCAUUGGCUCCAUGACGUGGAAACUUAAACCCGCCGUCUAAUGAAGAUCGUAAUAAUCACAAAGUUCCAGUGCAACGUUCAGCUUAAUAUAAAGAGGAGCUCUGCAUUUUCAGUUUGGCUUUAGAACUUUGAGUUUAAAUAGUAAUCACAACUUAGAGGAGUGGCUUUAAAAGAAAUGCUGUCAUGUACUGGUAGAAACACUCGUAAGCGAUCUUCCGUAAUAUCCAGACCUGCGUUGACUAAUAAGCUGGAGCCGUUUGUAGGCAUCUUGCUUGAUUUACUACUCACUAAUCGUACCUUUUAAGCCUGGCUAUACUUAUGGAAGCGAAACUUAUGCAGUGGUAAGGUCCACUGAAGCGGGGAAGCUGAAAACCUCGAUGGGAAAGCUCUUAAGAAACUCAGAGGAAAAAAAUAAAUUUUAAAAAGUCGGUGCCUGUGAGCGGAUUCGAAAAAAAAAAACAAUUUGAAACGUAACAAGCCAGAAGACACAACAAUGACGUUGUGUGAUAAACAAAUUUUCUCACCAAAAUGCUCACGAUAAUCUUAUGCACCACUUGCUCGGCGGCAAGCUUGGCGAGCUUACAAAUUUGAGAUGCCCGAGCGUGCGAUCGCCGAUCACGCGCGUCAGAGCAGCUCCGUUGUCUUUCUAACAUUUGGUAAAAAGAGAAAGAGGUAAACUGGUAUGUAAGACAUAUAGUUAGAUUAUAAUCAGAAUGAAAAUAUCUUUAAAAAAAAUUGAGAAAAAUGACACAGGAACAGAGAUACGAUAGGCCUAUACAAAAAGUGAUCACAUAUCCAAGUCAGACCAAAAACAUCCCCGUUAUGGGAUAGUUCGAUCCAUAAUAUUCGCGAAGUAAAAGCUACUAAAAAAAAAAUACUCACAUUUGCUAGCUUUUCGUUCAAUGACCUAUCUUUGUAAAAAAACAAGACAAUUUGUUUCUUACAACCUCCAUCAUGGUUAAGCGAAUCAAGGAGUGUUGAGUGUUGUCCACAAAAAAUCUCAUGUGAAGAGCUCCAGAUCAGCGGAGCUAUGGGUGUCCUCGUCGUUUCCAUCGUUUGUAAAAUUCAAUAGAGCGGAUGGCUUCGAAGCUAUUCAAUGCCAUUGGCUAAAAAUAAUAAUUCGUAGUUAGCUUAUGGCCAUCGCGCAAUCCAGAGACAGCGAUUGAUGCGUACCUGGCUCGAGUUACACGUACCAGCUAUCUUGAGUCCUGCCCUUUACCUGUGGCCUCAGAUGGUAUCCAAGACCUUUGGCGCAAUUUUUCCUUAUACGAACCUGUUCCCAAUACGAACCUUUGGGUAUGUGUCAGUAAAUCAGCUUCCCUAGUUUCGUCAAAACGUCC